AUGCGGGAGGGUCGUACGGUACACAAGCCCUCCAAGCCCGAGCAUGAUGUUAUUCUACGAAGGGAUUUUGUACAUGACCUUCCUGAUAGGGACGGUCGAGAUUCUUCUGGUGAAGAUUCACGGUCGUCGACCAUUGAUGAGGCCGAUCGGGAUUCCUAUGGUGAAGAUCAACGGUCGCCGACCUUCCAUGAGGCUGGUCGGAAUUCCUUUGGUGAAGAUCCACAGUCGUCAACCUUCGGUGAGGCCAACCAAGAUUCUUUUGGUGAAGAUCAACAGUCGUCGACCGUCGAUGAGGCCAACUGGGAUUCCUUUGGUGAAGAUCCACAGUCGCCGACCUUCGAUGAGGCAGACCAAGAUUCCUUUGGUGAAGAUCCACGGUCGCCGACCUUCGGUGAGGCUGACCAAGAUUCUCUUGGUGAAGAUCCACAGUCGUCGACCUUCGGUGAGGCCGACCGGGAUUCUUUUGGUGAAGAUCCACAGUCGCCGACCUUCGGUGAGGUCGACCGGGACUCUUUUGGUGAAGAUCCACAGUCGUCAACCUUCGCUGAGGCCGACCGAGAUUCCUUUGGUGAAGAUCCAUAG